AUGGCGACCAACGCAGGCAGUGUUCCGGCGCCGGCAGGCCCCGUCCCGUUCAAGGACGUCGAGAACAAGAUGGACCUGCAGGUCACCACCGUGCCAUCGGAGAAAUCUCCAGAGGAGCACGAUGACGCCAUGCUGCUGGUAUCCGCGCUGCCGAUCAAGCUCGCAGCCGGCACCAAACUCAAGCUCCGGUGCUACCAGGGCUUCUGGCUGCCGGAGCGCUUCGUCCCGGCGGCGGUCGCCAUGCAGCGCAGCCUCGUUCCCCGCCCCGACGACGUCGUCAUCGCUAGCCUGCCCAAGUGCGGCACCACGUGGCUGAACGCCCUCGCGUUCGCCACGAUGGCGCGCCGCUCCUACCCGCCCGCCGGCGCCGACCACCCGCUCCUCCGCCUCAACCCGCACGAAUGCGUCCCUUUCCUGGACGCCCUCUUCGCCGAAGGCGGCGGUGAGGCCCGCCUUGCCGCGCUCCCGUCCCCGCGCCUCAUGUACACGCACAUGCCGCACGCCAUGCUGCCGCGCGGCUUGAACAAGGUCGUGUACAUCUGCAGGGAGCCCAAGGACACGGCGGUCUCGCUGUGGCAGUUCCGCCGGAGCGCGCACCCGGAGAUCCCGUUCGGCGACACCUUCGACUCCGUCUGCGACGGUGGCAGCACGUACGGCCCGUUCUGGGACCACGUCCUCGGGUACUGGCGCGCGAGCUUGGAGUGUCCGGAGCAGGUGCUCUUCCUGAGGUACGAGGAGCUGCUGCGCGACCCCGCAGAGAACGUCAGGAGGCUGGCGCGGUUCGUGGGCGCGCCGUUCUCCGAGGCGGAGGAGGAUGCCGGCGUCGUCCGCGGCAUCGUGGAGCUCUGCAGCCUUGGGAGCCUGAGGAACAUGGAGGUGAACAGGACGGGGCUCAUGGCCGGCCUAGGGUUCCCGCGCAAGGCGCUGUUCCGGAAGGGCGUGGCCGGCGACUGGGCGAACCACAUGACGCCCGAGAUGGCGCGCCGCAUGGACGAGGUGGUCGCCGACAAGUUCCGCGGCACGGGGCUCACGUUCCAGUGA